ACGUGUGGAGGGUCGCGUCUCGCGUGUGGAAACCUGGCUUCUCAUUGGUUGUUUUCAUGCCCCUUAAAUUCGAACUCUUCUCUCACUUCUCUCUCUCUAUCCUCUCUCUCACUGCUCGCCAAAUCAUCACACUCACUGUCUACAGACUCUCUUAAAUCUCGUAAAUUUAGGGUUUUUUCUUUGAAAUUAUCUCCUUUUUUUCUGCAAUCGGCAUUUCAGUGCAAGUAAUCACGUAGAUCGAAUCGAGGUGGCUGAAUUUGGUUUGUAGCUUCGAUUCGAUCACACAUUGCUGAUUAUUGUUUGAAAGUGCAUGAAAUUUGAUAUUUCUGAAGCUCCAGAAAUGAAGACUGUGGACUUCUUCUGAUUCUUUUUGGGACAAAAGUCUGAAAUUGUUGAUAAUUGCUCGGUUUCGAGUAUCUGCUUGAGUUUAGUUGCAGUGUCUAAGAGCAAUUUGUUGGAAAUUAUCAAGUGGUAGCUGGAAUUUUGGUCGAUAAGCUGGGACUGUACGCAUAAGUCGAACUCUGAAUUGUGCACCCAAACACACACGCAAAAAAUCGAAUUGAGCUCGUAGUACACUUAUGCUUAGUGAAUUUGGAAAGCUGAAUGACGCCAUACAAGUACCAUUUAGAACACUUUGAAGGAAAUGUGGCCGGUGUUCUCACGGGGUUACUGCGAGUAGAGAAAGGGUAAACGAGAAGGCAACUAGUUACUUUUCUCUUGCUGCUGUUGGAUGGCUUCUCUCACUGGAUGAUGAUAUGCUUGAGCAAAAUAUUUCUGGAGUCUGGUGUGUCAUAUGAUUUUAUUAUGCUUGGCCAACUCCAGAAUGCCCAUCCUUUGGAUGAAAUGCGAAGGACUGAUGCUUCUUUUUGUUCUUAUGCUUUACUUCUCAGUGAAAAGAAGCGCUGCUAUCAGUCCUGAUGGUGAGGCACUUUUAAGCUUUAAGACAGCAAUUGUUAAUUCAGAUGGUGUCCUUCUUCAAUGGAGGCAAGAAGAUCCAGAUCCCUGUGGUUGGAAAGGAGUGCAGUGCGAUGCUAAAACCAAGAGAGUGAUUUAUUUGAGUCUUCCGUAUCACAAAUUGAGUGGUUCUAUAUCACCCGACAUUGGGAAGCUUAAUCACUUGAAGCUCCUAGCUCUUCACAACAAUAAUUUAUAUGGAACAAUCCCUUCGGAGUUGAGCAAUUGCACAGAGUUGCGAGCAAUAUAUUUGCAGGGUAACUACUUAAGUGGACUGAUUCCUGCUGAAUAUGGUGGCCUUUUGGAUCUGGAAUCCCUGGAUAUCUCAAGUAACUCUCUUAGUGGAUCAAUUCCUUCAUCACUUGGGAAUCUGUCCAAGCUUUCUAUCUUCAAUGUCUCAACCAACUUCUUGACUGGACCUAUACCAUCUCAGGGUGCACUUGACAAAUUCACUAAAGAUUCUUUUGUCGGAAACCGUGGUUUAUGCGGGAAACAAAUCAGUGUCACGUGCAAAGAUGAGACUGGAGAACCUUCAACAAAACCUCAACCUCCCAUUUCAGAAGAAAACCAAAAUGGAAAGAAGAAAUCUGGACGGUACUCUACUAGGCUCCUUAUAAGUGCAUUGGCAACAGUUGGUGCUUUACUUCUUGUGGCACUUAUGUGCUUCUGGGGAUGCUUUCUUUAUAAGAAGUUUGGUAAAAACGAUAGCAAAGGUCUUGUAAUGGAUGUCAGUGGAGGUGCAUCAAUUGUAAUGUUCCAUGGAGACUUGCCCUACUCUUCAAAAGAUAUCAUUAAGAAGUUAGAAACUUUGAAUGAAGAACAUAUUAUAGGGUCUGGGGGCUUUGGAACAGUGUACAAGCUUGCAAUGGAUGACGGCAAUGUCUUUGCUUUGAAAAGAAUUAUAAAGACUAAUGAUGGAUUUGAUCGGUUUUUUGAAAGGGAGCUUGAAAUUCUUGGUAGCAUAAAACACCGAUACUUAGUGAACUUACGUGGGUAUUGCAACUCUCCUUCAUCAAAGUUGUUAAUUUAUGACUUCUUGCCUGGUGGUAGCCUAGAUGAGGCUCUUCAUGAAAGAUCUGAGCCGCUAGAUUGGGAUACACGUCUGAAUAUUAUCAUGGGAGCUGCAAAAGGACUGGCUUACUUGCAUCAUGAUUGCUCCCCUCGGAUUAUACACCGUGAUAUAAAGGCAAGCAACAUUUUGCUUGAUGGCAAUUUAGAGGCACGUGUAUCUGAUUUUGGACUUGCCAAACUAUUGGAGGAUGAAGAAUCCCAUAUCACCACUAUUGUUGCUGGGACAUUUGGUUAUCUGGCUCCAGAGUACAUGCAAAGUGGUAGAGCAACAGAAAAAACUGAUGUAUAUAGUUUCGGGGUUCUGGUGUUAGAAGUAUUGAGUGGAAAGCGCCCAACUGAUGCAUCAUUCAUUGAGAAAGGCCUUAAUAUUGUGGGAUGGUUGAAUUUCCUGGUUGUGGAGAAUAGGCAAAGGGAGAUUGUCGAUCCGCAAUGUGAGGGGGUGCAAGUGGAAAGCCUUGAUGCUCUGCUCUCAAUUGCAAUACAGUGUGUAUCAUCCAGUGCGGAGGACCGUCCAACCAUGCAUAGGGUGGUUCAGAUACUAGAAUCCGAGGUCAUGACACCAUGCCCAAGUGACUUCUAUGAUUCCAACUCAGAUUGAACCUCGGAAAACAACAAAGUGAGCUUGUUUUCUAUUCCACUUAACUGCGCUUUCUCACAAGAAUGAAGAAGAGCAAUGAGAGCUGCAAAUGUGGUCAAAAUAGUGGCUUGAUUUUUGUUCUUCAUUCAUUCAUUCUUUUCGGCAGAUUUAUAAAAAUCGCAAAGUGUAUGCAUCAUCUUAGAUCAUUUGUCCUCGGGUGAAUCUAAGCUUCUUUGCAGGAAGAUCAAGGGUGUAGCAUCUACAUACCAUAUCCUCAUUCCCACAUAGGUAUGAACGCAUGGUUCUUCCAUGUGAGAGAUUUGCACCUUUUAAUUUCUUCUUUAUUAACUUUUCUCUUUUCUUUCUUAUUUCUUUGUUAUUUAUUCACUUAAAUGUGUACAUGGAUGAUAGAAAUAGUGAUCGUGUACCACCACUCCAGUGAAUGUUCCUUUUUGAUUUGCCAUUGUAAAAUCUCUGAGCAACUCUUCCUUGGGAUAAACAGGAUAAGUUAGAAGGCAGCACUUGAAGCCUAUCUGCUGAUGUGCAACCUGAUUUUUUAGA